AUGGCGCAAAGGUUCCCAGUACCGACUACAAACAAUAAUGGACCACCGUCCCAAAGAUAUCCUCCACCAGCUGUACCGCCCAAUCUACGUCAAUAUCCUGGCCCAAACUUUCCGAUGCAACAACGAACUGGAUUUACACCACCUCCACAAAUGGGCACCGGUGGUCCUGGACCAGGAGGAAUAAUGAGACCUAAUCAAUCCUAUUCAAAUAUGAGACAAGGACCAAUGACUGCUCCACCGGGUAGUAAAAGGACAGAUCAACGUAUACCAAUAUCACAACAGAAACCGUAUUUUUGGAACAGUGAUUUUUCACAUUCCACAUCAAAGAAGAAGAAGAAAUUGGCUGACAAAAUAUUACCGCAAAAAGUAAGAGAUUUGGUACCAGAGUCACAAGCAUACAUGGAUUUACUUGCUUUUGAACGUAAAUUAGAUGCAACAAUCAUGAGAAAGCGUUUAGAUAUUCAAGAAGCACUCAAACGUCCAAUGAAACAAAAGCGAAAAUUAAGAAUAUUUAUUUCAAAUACAUUUUAUCCAGCUAAAGAGGCUGGUGAAGGUGAAGAAGGCUCUGUAGCAUCUUGGGAACUUCGGGUAGAAGGUCGAUUAUUAGACGAUACAAAAAAUGAUCCUAAUAAAGUAAAAAGAAAAUUUUCAUCAUUUUUCAAAAGUUUGGUUAUUGAAUUAGACAAAGAUUUGUAUGGACCUGAUAACCAUUUAGUAGAAUGGCAUCGUACGUUGACAACACAAGAGACAGAUGGGUUCCAGGUCAAACGUCCUGGUGAUAAAAAUGUUCGGUGCACUAUUCUUUUACUUUUGGAUUAUCAGCCAUUGCAGGUAUUAAAUUAUUUAAUUUACUAG